AUGGCAGAGAAUUUUUUCAAAAAGAAGCUCACUGGGCCUGAUUUGUACCAGAAGCUAGGCUGUCCCAAGAAGAUAGUUGCUCCCAUGGUUGACCAGAGCGAGUUGGCCUGGCGAAUCUUGUCCAGGAAGCAUGGGGCUGAUUUGUGCUAUACUCCCAUGAUCCACGCCAGACUAUUCUCCCAGUCUCCAAAAUACAGAAACGAAAUGUGGACUGAAGGUUUGGAUGGAAACCCUGAGUUUGAUCGUCCCUUGAUUGUUCAGUUCUGUGCCAACGAUCCAACACACCUCGUCGAUGCUGCAAAAUUGCUUCAACAUCAAUGCGAUGCUAUUGACUUGAACCUUGGCUGCCCCCAGGCAAUAGCUAAAAAGGGCAAAUAUGGUUCUUUCUUGAUGGAUGAUUGGGAUAUUGUUGAAUCGUUAAUCAAAGCCUUGCACAAAAACAUAGACGUUCCCAUCACUGCAAAGAUAAGAGUUUAUAAAGACUACGAAAAGACCUUGGAAUACGCAAAAUUAAUCCUAAAAUCCGGCGCCCAGUUUCUAACUGUCCAUACAAGAACACGAGUAAUGAAAGGCCAAUUAACUGGUCUAGCUGAUUGGACCAUCAUAGAAAAACUUCGCCGAGAUUUGCCCCCUGAAACAAUCUUAUUCUCAAAUGGUAAUAUCCUAUACUCUGAAGAUAUUGAUACCUGUUUAAAUUUUACAAACACAAAUGCUGUCAUGUCUGCUGAAGGUAACCUAUACAAUCCUGCCGUAUUCAUGAAUCACCCCUCUCAUUAUGACCUUAUUGAUAUCCAGUAUCCAAGAGUAGAUAUCAUCUUAAGACAAUAUUACGAAAUAGUGAAAUCUCUUGAUGGCAAAAGCUACUCAUCUCUAAAGGCAAUCAGAUCCCAUUUUUUCAAAUUGUUAGUUUCCUUUUUACCUCACCAUACUGAUAUAAGACAGAAUAUAUCAACAAAUACUUCAAAUAUGAAAAAAUUAUCAAAUUCACAAUAUCUACAAAAAUGGGAUCAAAUAGUAUCCGAUGUCGAAAAUGCCGUAAACUCAAUUUACUCUCAACAAAAUAUCGACCAAUUAGACCAAAUAACUUUAUUAGAUCAAAAACCAUUUGGUGGCAAUUAUAAACAAAUUCCUUAUUGGAGAUGUCAACCUUAUUUCAGAACUGUCAAUAGUCUUGCAUCCAAUAAAAGAAUCUUGAAUACUGUUCAAGAUACCCCAAUUGAAAAAACAGACAAUUCCUGUCAAAUUCAGAAUAUUACUACUCAAAUUGCUGCCUAA